CAGGAACAGCAACGUGGUUCAAGUGCAAUGUGGAGUGAAUUAAGACCAAAAUGUGUCUAAUAACAAUCAAAUGAGCACUGUGGAGUUUCAGUUGUGAUGGCAGUAAGGUUAAAACCACCGAUUACAAGAUUCUUAACAUUGGGCAGAAAUUGCUUUUGUGUGAGCAGAUUGGAAAGAAGUCAACAAGAGAACCCAACAGACUCUUAAUGUGGAAAAUGUACCCUCAAGAUAAUGGCUAUUCAACUAAAAAUACUAAUGCAAUUUAUAAUUAAUGAUCAUCAUUGGUGACAAGUGAUGGCGAUGAAAUUACUGAAAAGAAGUGGAAGCUAAAUGUGAUCCUCAUACAUUAUUGAAUGGAUUUUGCGAUCUUCAGGUAUGGUUCACAAGAUAUUUUGAUCUAAUUUUUCAACACAUUAGUCCAGAUGAAAUUUGGAGGUUAAUGAAAAAAAUGCCGAAAUAUGGUUCAAAUAAUUUUCUCAGACGUACUGCUGAUAUAUAUUUAUAUUUUUACUAUGAAUAAAUUGUGAUUUAAAUUACGUAGAUGUUAACUUGGGAGGAUUCAAAUAUUAAAUACUUGUGACUUGUGAACUGUUUGUGGCUAUGCACAACACAUAAUAAUUCUGGAAGAUUCUGAUGAUAUUACUGUCAAGACUAAGGAUUGAGUGAAUUCCUUGUCAGAAAAUAACUAAAAAAUUAAGGAGCAAGAGAAUUCCUCUUGAAUAAUGUUUGUAGUACAAGAUUCAGUCUUGGAAUAAUUUUUUUUUUCUAUAACAGUUUCUAGUGACUUAGUGAAUACUUACACUAUCUGGAUUGCUCCAGUUUUAUAAGAAUUGAAGGAGAGAGUUAACCUGUAAUUGUGACUUGUAAAUCUCAGAUUUGUGAAAAAGGAGGAGUUUGUAAGCCACAUAAAAAUACUACUGUAAUUUGGUUAAUAUUUUGUCAGUUAAACACAGAUGUAGUUUUGAGUUAAUUAUCAAAGUUCACUGUGUGUUUUUGUGUAAGUUUGGGAAGGAAACAUCAAUUCAAGUAUGGAACCUGACACCUUGGAAUCGACUGUUAAAACUGAAGGAUUCCUCAAAGAAGAGCCUUAUGAAGAUUUCAUAAUUGAAAGUCCGGAAUAUGUUACCAAAGAUCCAUUAUCUGAGGAUGCAAAAUAUGGCACUGAAUGCAAAGAGGAAAGAAAUCAGGAUGCUCAGUUGGAAUCGGAUGCAAAAUGUAUUGUAUUUGAACAAGGGGAAAAUGAGUGUGACCUGAAUUCUAAGAUAGACCCAAGCACCAAGCUGUUUAAAUGUGAAGAAUGUGGAAAGACAUAUAUCAGGAAAGAUAGUUUGAGGUAUCAUAUAAGGACUCACACUGGAGAGAAACCAUUUACUUGCGAGGAUUGUGGAAAGUCGUAUCAUCGUAAAGAUAGCUACAGACAACACAUGAAAGUCCACACAGGACUGAGCUCUUACGUUUGUGAGAAGUGUGGACAGUCAUUUCAUCUGAGGGAUACGUACAGAGACCACCUGAAAUCUCAUCAAACAGCGAGGCCGGUUGCAGUUAGUGAACUUGGUAAGACAUUUCCUUCACAGCAUGAAAAUGACUUGGGAGUUAACACCAUUGACAAACAAUUUGUUUGCGAGAUAUGUGGCAGGCAGUUUACUCUGGCAUGUACUCUUGAACUUCACUUACGAACUCAUACAGAGGACAAGUCACUUGCAUGCAAGGAAUGUGGGCAAAUUUUUUAUCAGAAUGAGGACCUUCAAACACACAUGAAUAUUCACUUGAGUGAGAAGCCAUUUGUUUGUGAGGUAUGUGGGAAAGUUUAUAGGCGAAAUUGCGAUCUAAAAGUUCACAUGCGAAUUCACACUGGGCACAGACCAUUUGUUUGUGAGAAAUGUGGCAGGUCUUUCAGGCAGUCAUGCACGUUCAAGCAUCACUUGAGAACUCACACUGGAGAUAAACCGUUCACCUGUCAGGAAUGUGGGAAAAAAUUUUAUCAGAGUGGGGAUCUUCAAAAGCACAUGAGAGUUCACACAGGAGAAAAACCUUUUGUUUGUGAUGUCUGUGGAAAAGCAUACAGGAAAAACAGGGAUCUCAAGGUUCACAUGAGAAAUCACACUGGGGAGAAACCUUUCAAGUGUAGCAUAUGUGACAAAACUUUUACUCGUGGUGAGAUUCUCAAGAGUCACUUGAGAGUUCAUACAGGUGAGAAACCAUACAAGUGUGAGAUUUGUGGAAAGUCAUUUAGUCAAAGUGGGACUUUGAGAGAGCACACAAUAUUGCACACUGGAGAGCGGCCGUAUGUUUGUAAGGAAUGUGGAAAGACUUUUAAUCAAAGAGGAACUUAUAAUUGUCAUAAAAAACUCCACUUGUGAUGUAGACAAUAAGUGUAAAUGGAUAAAUCUGGACAGGAGAAUUUUCCUGAUGGGAAGAAAAUGUUAACUGAUAUAUUGUGAUCUGUUGUCCUGAGGUAUUAACAAAAUCGUAGGAAUAUUUUCAUGAAGAACUGUUGAAAAAAUUUGUGUUGAAACUGAAUUUGAUAGUGAACCUUGGAAAUAUGUCAUACUUGAGUGCUCUUCUGUAGAUCUGCAUUUUUUAUGGAUACAUUUUAAUGAGGAUUUUAUCAAUUCUUACAGCAUAAUCAUUUGUCUAUGAGGGAGUUAGUACUUUUAGAAAUUUAAGAAUUGUGAUGACCUCAUCCUGUCAUGAUGUUGAGUCACCUGCUAAUAAAAAUUUAGAGCAUAAAUCACUGUCAAAAUCAAAGAAAGAGUGCUGUGACUUACAUUUUUAGACAGGGAUCACCUGUGUUACUUGGAUCCACUGACAUCCUGUUAAGAAGUUGGUUUACCCAAGAAGCAGUUUUGAGCAAAUCUAAUUAUAACAUCCAACUAAUGAA